UAAGACACAAGACGUUACUGUAGCGUUCAGCAGUAGUGAAAAAUGUUUCUUGUUAAGAAGAUAUAGUUUGUUUAAUAUAUAUAUUUUUGAGGAGAUCAUUUCGAAUAUUUGUAUGUAAUAUACAAUGGUGUUAAAAUUAGAAAUAAAUGCAAAUACAAAACAUGUUAGUCGCCUGCGAUCGACAUUUUCUCAGAUCACAGCAUCGACAUCUUCAUUCCUUCUCUUGUUUGACUUGGGAAUGGCAAUUAAUUUCUCGACUAUUAUGAUACCCGCACUCCUCAACGCUAAAGAAGGCUUAUCACUUGACGAAACACAAGCAUCUUGGUUUGGAAGUAUAUCAUUUUUAUCACAGCCAGUGGGUGCGUUGCUCUCUGGACCAAUCGUAGAUUACUUUGGUAGGAGAAAAGCUAAUUUUAUAGUCAAUAUACCAAUGCUAUCAGCGUGGGUUCUUAUGUACUUCUCAUGGAACCUCGCAACACUAUUCAUCGCUAAUGCCUUACUGGGCAUCAGCUCAGGUAUUAUGGAGGCACCUAUCAGCUGCUAUAUAGGAGAAAUUAGUGAGCCAUCGAUCCGUGGCGCUUUGUGCACAUUGACUCAAAUGUUCACAUCAUUCGGUAUUCUCAUUAUGUAUUUUCUUGGUACGAUGGUGGACUGGCGGACUGCGGCAUUGAUAUGUCUGCUUGCGCCUAUUGCAUCCAUGAUUACCGUCGUUUUUUCGCCUGAAACGCCAAUAUGGCUCCUUACAAGAGAUCGGGAAAAGGAUGCCCUGGAAUCCCUCUGUAAACUACGUGGUUGGACCUCGCCAGAAAACGUACAUAACGAGUUCGUCGAAUUAAGCGCUUACAGCAAGAAAUUACGAAACUGUGUCAUUUGUUAUAAUACUGACCAAGAUAAUAAACUUUGCGAACACGAAUCAAUGAAUUGGUUUGUCAGACGCGUCCUUAAGAUUAGAUAUGUGAUGCUUUGUAAGGAGACCUUAAGACCUUUGUCACUUAUGGUGCUGUACUUCUUGUUUUUCGUGAUGAGUGGUCUGACGCCCAUGCGACCAAACUUAAUCAACGUUUGUGGAGCCCUUGGUAUGGCACAGGAUGGCAAACAAGUUGUGUUGAUGGUGGGAGUUAUAACAUUCGUCACAAGUUUCCUUGUUAUUGGAAUUAUUAAGGUUCUUGGCAAGCGUAAACUUGCCAUUACUUCGUUGUUCGGUAGUGCCAUCUUCUGCAUGAUAAUAAGUAUAUACGCAAAAAGAAAUUUGGAUGAUUUAGUGUUUUCAUAUCAACCAUCGACAUUCCCUACAGAGACCAGUAUUAUACCAUUAAUUUUAAUAUACAUCUUAACAUUUUUUAAUGGACUAGGAAUACCGUGGGUUUUGCUCGGAGAAGUUUUUCCAUUCAGAAGUCGUGCUACAGCACAAGGUCUAUCCGCAGCAAGCAAUUACAUUUUCUCGUUCCUCGGGGCAAAAACCUUCAUUAAUCUUGAAACUGGCGUGAAGUUGUGGGGAACAUUUGCUACUUAUGCGGCAUUUGGUUUCCUUGGAACUAUUUACUUAUAUUUAUUCCUACCAGAAACGGAAGGUAAAACAUUACAAGAAAUUGAAGAUUUCUAUAGUGGCGAUCUUCGAAUAUUUGGUGGGAAUUCCUUAUUAAAAUGUUUUAAACGGCACAAAAAAUAA